UACAAGAAAAGGAACAUAAUGUCCUGUUUCGCACACGAUCGUUGACCAAGUCAGUAGGCGGACACGUAUUAUCUUCGAUCCGGAACGGAGCCAUAGUAAGAAUAUACCAAAAUCGAAUAAAGCCCACCAGUAGAACAACGAUAAGAAGGAAAUAAAAAUCAUUUUGCAUUUCGACCUCGAAGGAAUAGAGCCAGCAAGCCACGACAGGAUUCUUCCGCUGCGGUGACAGCGGUGGCAAGACUAGGAGGAAUAGCACCAAAAAUUAUCGAAAGUAGGCGAUAAAGGAUUCGGGAUUUUCACACGUCUGCUCUAGUAACUCACACAGCGAAAUGUCAGCAGAUGGACUUGCACCGGGCGCUGGAGAGCCGGGAGCGGAUGGAAUUGUCGGCGGGCCGAGGACUCCACAGCAGGUUGCGGCUCAGAAACGGCUGCAGCAAACACAGGCCCAGGUCGAUGAGGUUGUGGAUAUUAUGAAAACAAACGUAGAAAAGGUACUAGAAAGGGAUCAGAAACUGUCGGAACUGGACGACCGGGCUGACGCGCUGCAGCAGGGUGCCUCACAGUUCGAACAGCAAGCCGGCAAACUGAAGAGGAAAUUCUGGUUACAGAAUCUGAAAAUGAUGAUAAUAAUGGGUGUCAUUGGCCUUGUUAUACUCGCAAUCAUUGUAGCGAAAUUUAUGCCAGCUGAACAACCUCAGCACCCGAUGAUGUCUCAACAGUAUCCGGUUCAACAGGUUCCAAUGCAAAUGCAAGGUGACCAACCGGCGCAAGUAGCGGCGCUCGUGCAAGACGUCGCAUCGUUGAUGUCCAAUGGAAAUCAGUACAACCAGUAAAAGAAGCGGCCACACUAACUUUUGAACUAAUCAUCAAAAUGAAGGCGAUUUACUACACUGCGAGAGAGAAAGUAGACAGACGAAAAUAUACACAACAAAUCAUCAAAAUUACUAUGUUGAGAAAAAUGUAAUGCUCCAAUCGGAGAACAUACUACAAACAUUUGAUUUUCGGCACCGCUUUACAGAUGGAAAUCAAAGUCUAUAACAAACCGUCAGAUUAUCACCAGGUUAAAGUAGAUUCAUAAUCCUCGAUGAUUUUUUUUUUCGAGAACCCACAACAGCAAGUGACAGCUUCUCUGCAUUUUCUCGUCUAAUGAUUUAUGAUAUGGUAUAUGAAAACUUCGUCUUUCAGUAAAUUCAGUAAAAGAAGAAAUAAACAAAAAGAACACAGAAAGAAAAGAUGAAACUUAAACGACAUGUAAACCGAUAGUACUAUGAAAUAGACAUCAGUUGAAACGAAAAUCUGAUUUAAAACCAUGAUUGAUUACAUUAAAAUUCAUUUAGUUUUUCAUUGAACAAGACUAUAUAUUUACAAACCGCUUAGUUUUGUAAUGUAACUUUCCAUUCAAUUGCCUGCUCCAAAUAUGUGCAUGAAAGUAAAUGUAAAUUCACAAAAUAUUUUUAUCUGUGAAGCUAUCACUUGCUAAUACGGUUAUUUGAAACAGUCAUCGAGAUUCGUGAUUCAGGCAUCCAAUGUUGCGUUUCUUUUCAACUAUCGAUUUUGCUGUCAACCUACAGUUCCACCUUAUUACUCAAGCGCUUCUUACUUCCACAAAGCUUACACAUAAUUUUCCUUUUUUUCGCGCUGUCAAUUAAGAAACUACAACGCGCUCAAUUGAGUUUUGUAGCUUCUACGAUAGAUGGUGCUGCAAGUAUCUAUUCCAACUCGUCGUAGUUGCAGGGUUUCGAGAUUUUUCUGUCUUGUGUUAGUCUUUUUGGGAAGAAAUUUGAAAUAAAUGAAAACAGGCAUUUAACGGUCAACUUCAACUAUCGUUCACGGUCUCCUAUGCAUUAUAAACGUAUAGGACUUAGCAGAGAUAUUUUACAGAAACCAUUUGUAAGUUUUUAUUUCAAAUUCAUAAAGUAGCUAACGACAGAUAGAAUUGAUAGGUUGUGAAAGAACGCAACAAGAGCAAAACAUUCAAUUCGGUACGUUCAUAAUUAUACAACUCAACACAGGAAUCAUUUGAAUACACUAAAUACUAUAUAUUUACAUUGUUAAACUGUUCACAUAUUUGAACCAACUAAACUGAAUAACUACAGAAGUGGUGCUGUUCAUUUUAUUACAAUUAAUUCGACAAAUAUAUCCUAUGAAACUGAUGUGAUCUUGUUGAGGCAAUUAUGAGAUCCUCUCUGUACCUCAACAUUGUUUUGCUAAUACUUUUAAGUAAAAGAGAAUACAAACCACUGACAUAUAACUUUUAACCCAUUAUCAUUGACACAUAGGAUGCAAACAGGAAUCUGAUAAGUGAUUUUUUAGAUUUCCAUCGAAAAAACCACCGCAAUAAUCACAAAAAAAACAGAUACAACACUCUACUUUGCCAUAUAUUUUUUGUGAAAAACUAGCUUCUACACAUUUCUAUAAAAAUCAACUUCUAGUAGUUAGUCGUAAAACUGAAAAGAAUACAAGAAAAACAACAUUCGGAGUUAGUUCCAAGUUUAGGAUGAUCAGAUACAAUUUAGUUGGCGAUUCAGUUUCCAUGCAUUAUUUCUAACUAACGCUUCAGUUCUGAGUAAUUUCAAGAGCGUUAUUAGAAAACUUUUUCAAAAGAAACCACUACGAAUCGAUCAUCAAAAAAAAUAAAAAUCUUUCGGAAAACAACCGCCCAUUCUAAAUACUGAAAUCAAUCCAUUUUCGUCUAUAUUCUUCACAAAGGCAUCCGAGAAAUUCAGAAUCUUUGCCGGUCCGGAUGUCGCAUAAACACCAAUGAACAUUGAAUUAAGCGGAACCAGUAAGUAACCACAAACGAGAAGACCAACAAUAUCGAAGAAUAUAAUAAAUAUACCAAAGUUUUAGUAAGUGUAAAACGAGAUCACAACUCAAUAUUGCCAAGUUCCAAUGAGAUUAUCAAACAAGAAUGCCUAACUGCAGCGUGACAUUUGGUUUGCCAUAAGGAAGAACAUACACUAAGGGCUAAAAAUUGUUAAAAAUUGAUCAUUAGGGAAACACAAAUUUACUAUAGGACCCAAAUAACAAAAUAGUGGAAAAUACUAGAGAAUGCUAUUAAACCAUUGUAAGCGUUAGCGAAAGAUUAAAGCACGAAUGAUUAUAUCACUGUUUUUACUUAAGAACCUCUAAUUUGUAGUUUCGCACUUGCUUAUAGUUGAAAGUCAUUGGAAACAAAAAAAAGGCAUCUUCAAACAUUUGCCACCAUGAAACUUUUUUUUAAUCUCUGAAUAAUUGCUUGAACGGUUAACUUGUCCGUGUUCGUAUAAGUUUUUUUCCACUUAUAAUUGCUUCUCCGGCCAAACAAUAAGGCAACUUUAGGUACAAUAUCAGGAUGAUAAUAGAGUAAUAUCGAUAAUGUCAUGAUAAUCAUCAGAAAAUACUUCAAAACACUUCUCUGUGUCCUCUUACAAAAAAAAGUUUUUAGGGAAAAAUAGCCAUCCUGUCUAUUAACGUCUUUCAUAUCAUACAGAAAACAACGUUGAAUUGACGUGUAAACUCAACACAAUCAAUCUUUCCAAAGAUCGCAAACUACCACCGCAAUAACUAGUAUUUGGUUAACUAUGACUCCAGAUAAAUAUAACGUUUGCUUCAUAACAGUAAUGAAAACAAAAACAGUUUCGAGUAAUAAAUAUAUCCAGUAAAACUGUAAAACGAAGAUUAACUCAAUGGAACAAAAAUUGCUAAAGUGAUUUUAUUUGUCACACUAAUAGUUGAAUAUAAAGAAGACAAAUAUACAAGGCAGAACAUAUUUUCAACUCAAUUCAACGACAGAAAAGUUCGUAAAAUCUCUUAUCAAUACUUAGACAUCAACUGCGGAGUAAGUUGAAAACACACAGAGUAAAACAUAACUGACAUAGACUAACGGCAGCAAGCGGGAAACAAAAACAUAAACAAAUUGAGUAUGUAGAAAUUCAUGAACAUACACGCAGAACAUUCACAUGUACACAGACAUUCAUACAUAUUUACACCACAUUAUCAGAAAAAAAAACACUCCCACAAACAUGUGUUAUGAAUCUAUGUAUUAUGUAAUUAUAUUUACUAAGAAAACAUUCACCGAAUAUUUUUACUUUUCUUUUGAAAUUCGAAAACUUAAAGUGAGCAAACACACUGAAUAACAUAAAUCAUAAUAAUAUAGAACAGAAAAAUGGGAAAAUCAUAUAUAAAAUACAAAUAUACAUCUAGCUUUGAAAAUUGUAAAAACAAACUAUUAAUUAUUCUCUAUACAUUUGCGAUCGGCAACAAUGAAGGGAUAGGGAAUCGAACGGGAACUAUCAACUAAGAAGGAAUAGAGAACGAAGUAGCAGAAGGAAAAGGUGCAGCUGAAUAAGUCUACCACUGGAUAGGAAAUGAAGAGUAUAAAUAAUAAUGAGCAAACAGUAUAUAAUAUUAAUGAUUAAAUAUAAAGACAAUUAACUAGUGUAUGUAAACAA